AUGUCGUUGUGGAUCCGUCCAGCUAAUGUCUUCUUCCCUCGUUUCGUCGAUGAAUGUCUAAGUGAUUUUUGUCACAUGGAGAGGAGAAUGCGUCAAAUGGAAAGGAUGAUGCUCGACCCUGUAUGUCGCACGAUUCGAACCGAAGUUCUGGAUAAAUCUGUCAGUGAGAUUGUCGACAACGAUUCGAAGUUCGCCGUUUCUAUCGAUGUUUCAAAGUUCAAGCCGGAGCAUCUAAAAGUCAACAUAGAUGGUCGUUGUCUAACCAUCGAAGGAAAGGAGGAGCUGGAAGAGGAGAACAGUUAUUCAAUGAGAGCUUUCACUCGUCAGUUUGUGCUGCCUGAAGAUGUUAACCUCGACGCAAUUCGUUCCUCUCUCACUAAUAGUGGCAAACUAUCAGUUGAAGUGCCUAAAGUCACCAAAACGCUUGAAUCUGGUGGAAGAGCCAUUCCAAUCGAACAGGUGCCCCAAAAGCCCAUUUUUCCCCGUUUUAUCGAAGAAUGUAUGCGUGACUUUCGUCAAAUGGACCGGAUGAUGUUCUCGCCUCUGUAUCGCGCACUUCCAUCCGAGAUUAUCGAUCGAACUGCAAGUGAGCCAGAGAAUCUGAAAGUGAACGUAAUUGGUCAUCGUCUGACAAUUGAAGGAAAAGAGGAGCUCAAGGAAGAGAACGGUUACUCAUUGAGAUCUUUCACCCGUCAGUUCAUUUUGCCGGAAGAUGUUAAUAUGGAUGCAAUUCGUUCCUCCCUCACUGAUAAAGGACAGCUCUCAGUUGAAGUACCGAAACUCGAAAAGCCGUCUGAAUCAGGAGGUAGAAGCAUCCCAAUUGAAAAUGUGGGUGAAAAGGCGUGA